UGAUUUCCAGGGCACAGGGGUUUUUUAUGGCCCCCAUGACCCCCACCCAUGCAACGAGAGCCCUUCAAACCCAUUGCUAAGCUUGGGCGAGAACCCACAGCCAUACUGGGGAGACGCCACGGGCGACUGUGCCAUGGGGAAAUCAUCCCGUUUAUAUCCCCUCCACUCCCUAUAUACCAAAUUAUGCCGCGGGGUGGCAAGACCUCUUUCGUGCCUCCGUUGCGCAUCCUACACGGCAGUAUUGGUUUUGUCGCACAACAGCAGCCGCCAUGACAGCAAACGAGCGCUAGCUCGAGCAAACUGACCCUUCACCACAUUCGUUUCGACCCGGGACCAUUGGGCCGCCUUCGUCUUCCCAGUAUGGAAGUAAGUGCAGCCAUGGAGACCGGUUCCAUUUCGCCAUUGCCUCGUGCGUUCCGGAUGGGUCAGCUGGCUGUCGUCGUCGUCGGAACUAUCUCACUUGUCACUUCGUCGCUCUUGUUCCUGCAUAUCACCUACAAGUUAAUCAGCCUCGAACUGAGGAACCGGCAAGCCCAGCAGCCACAUGAUGCGCCAGUUGAGAUGGACCUCGCCCUGGGGCUGAGCGAGGACCACUACAAGCAUUUCAAGGCAAUCACUGAACCGACACCGACUGCUUCCCAGGGGCGGCAGAAUGCGGAUGCCAUCGCAAACCCCGACGCUGGAGACAAAAAACCUGGCCGCGUCAAGAAACGGAAAUACAAGGCGCCAAACCCGCUCCUGAUCCUCAUCUACAAUCUCAUCCUGGCCGACAUCAGCUUGUCGGCGACGUAUGCGGCGAACAUGAUCUGGCUCAAGGAGGACACCAUCAACAUUGAUUGGCCGACUUGUCGAGCUCAGGGAUGGCUCGUCAGCUUCGGAUGCGUCAUAUCGAGCGCGUUCCUCUUGACACUGGCCAUCUACACGCACAGGAUUGUCAUUAUGGGCAAGCGGCCGUCGUCCAAGUCGACUAUUAUAGUGUGCGUUGCGAUCUGGGCCGCAUCCAUCGUCCUCACGUGUAUCGGGCCUAUCGCUUCGGGCAAGGAGCAUUACUAUGCGCGACAGCAAUGCUGGUGCUGGAUCGAAGGCUCGAAUGCAGGGUGGAGACUGACAGUUUACAUUCCCGGUUUCUUCUGCCUCUGUUCAACCUUUGGGCUAUAUACCUGGACGUUCUGGUGCCUCCACAAGCGGUCACAGUCGUCCCGCAUGAUGCCGCGUAGUUCCAGCUCGAGUCUGACAAGCGGCACCUCCCGCGGCUUUGUGAGCAGCAGCACCAAUCACGCCCGCCAGGCGAGCAAGGCGACCGCUGGUCGCGCUGGCAGCAUCAGCAACGGCGGCCUGGCCCAUACCCCGACCAACGGCAACCCAAUGUCCUCGGCAGCACGCAACAGCGGCACCAAGCUGCGGCCGUCGGGCCACCACCCGGCCUUCCUCAUCUACCCCAUCAUCUACACGGUGGUCGCGUCGCCGCUCACGCUGGGCAGCAUCACGCCGCUCGAGAACUCGACGCUGUUCAUGAUCACAUCGGCGACCCUGCUAUCCUCGCUGGGCUUCUUCAACGCCCUGCUGUGGGCAUCGACCAUCAUCUUCAGCCGCCGCGACGACCUCGUCGACACGGGGCUGGAGUACUUCUCCUUCAUGCGCACACCGAGCGACCGCCAGUACGGCAACAUGAUCUGGGUACAGGGAGGAGCAUGCACACCAGAGGAUGACGGCGACGUCCGCGGGCAGGGGCUCGGUGAUGGUGGUGGUGGUGUUGGCAGCAAUGGUAGCGUGCUGGGGACGAAUAGGCACGGCGAAGAACGAAGCGAGAGCAAGCACAGAUGGUAUCUUCUCGGCCGUGGCCGAAACGGGAGCGACUCGGAGAUUCCCCUGAGAGUGCAGCCGUCGAGAGCGUCGUCGACCCAGCGGGCCGGUCCCUCUUCACAUAUGAAUGGCGCCGACGCCAGUAGAAGUGGUGGUGGUGGAAUCAGGUUAGACGUCAGCACGACGGUCGUGGUCGAAGAUUCCAAGGCGCUACAAGGAUGA